GACCGCUUGAGGCGCCAUUCAAAAUCUAUAGCCAAAUGUGUGCGGUACGAGUCGAGAACCAGUUGGGUUGCGAGACCAGACGUCGCCGGUGGCAGCUUUCCGGGCAGAUGGUGCUGCUGCUGCAGCUGCUACUGGCCAUUUGCCUGCAUGGGGCAUGCGGCACGAGUGCGGACAAGACUCUGGGCAUAGGCACACCCUGGCCAGACACCACACUCGAUGACUGUCACGAUGACUACAUGCUGGCUAGUGAAAAUGCCUCGAGCAUCUUUUCCAAACAGUACGAGCUGUGCGAACUGGAGGCCACCAACGGGCAGAUCGAUCUGACCAUCAAUGAGCAGCUGGAACGCGAACAAAUCGAGCUGGGUCGUACCGAGCUGUGUAGAAGUUUCGAGCAGUGUGAUUCACAUGACGACGAUCUCGAGUACUUUGAGUGUGUCAGAAAUAAUGGCAGCCGCAAUCUGGACUUGAUGACAGACAUUAAUUACAAUAGCACAAGCGCACAUACACGCCUGCGCCAGGACUACGAUACAGUUUAUCAGACGCUGAUGUUGUGCACGCUCGACGCAAAGGUGAUGUAUAUAAACAGCAUGCGUCGGGCGUACGAGGAGCUACAUGAAUGUCGCAGCGAAGCCGACAAAAAUGCGGACUAAACAAUAUAAACAAGCAUUAGGCAGACUUUAGAUAUUUAGUAAAGCAUUUGAAAGACUUUAA